CAGAGGUCAUUGGCCUUCUCAUGCAAUUUCCCAUUUGGAUUUUUUCAGUUUAAGCCAAGGAUAAUGGGAUACGUCAACACCUUUUUCAUCUUGUCGAUGAUCACAACUGCAACGGAGCUUAUUGCAACGCAAAAUGAUGAGAUACACUACAGAACGAUUCGAAAUCCAGACUGUGACAACAGUACAAGUUGUCCAAAAAAUGAGACAAAGCUGAUUCAGAUUAUCGCAAGGCACCCAAAUCGAACAAUACACUUCCUUUUACCUGGAAACAAACCCGACGCACCCCUCUCCAUUAUCAUGCUGGAAUGUGACACAAAACCGAACCAACUGCAUGUGAAUUGGACGCGUUUUCUCUCCAGAAAUGGAAGUAUUUCAAAUUCUAUUUCCCUUAAUGGCACACAAACGUCGUAUGGAAUGAUUAUCAAUGAGCUGGCUAGUUUCAUAACAGUUUUAUCUACACCAACACAAUCGUUGAACUCCAUCUACAAUGACUGGCUUUGCUCCAUUUCACCCAUCGGCGUACAGUUUUGCACAUACUCCGACGUAAACGAUGAUGCGCGCUUGUCUCCAAUUGAUAUCCAGUCGCAGUGCAACCACAUGCUGGGCAAGAAUCUGAUCUGGACCCUAACAGACAAUGCCGUAGGCAGGAAUCCUCCCAACUUUGUCUACACGGCCGUAAAUUCAACUGACGGCUCAGAUGGCCUGGGAAAGGUAGUCGUCGAUAUUUCCUUUCCGACGAACAAAUCUAAACUUGCGCAGGAGGAUGGCUUUUCGCUUACACCCGGAAAAGGGCUGGUCUUUAGCAUCACGAUUGACUCAGUCAAAGUACCAAAGAAGGGUAGAGUAGCACUUAUUCUGCUGCCCUUCUCUCAAGAUCCUCUACAAGAGUACGAAGAUUUCACGGAUUCGUUAAGCCGAUCUGCAAGUGGAGGAGAAACUCUGUACAACCUUCACCUUGAUAAGAGGCAAAAUCUGCCGGAACACAGAGUUUCUGGCAUGCAAGAGAUGACACCUCGAGUGUCCGGCCACACGUCAGCCUUUAUGCAAUGGACGACUACCUGUGAGGUUUCCGAGGACGGUGUGGCAAAGAGACACGCGACUGCCAACCCUCGCAUGCAGAUUCCUAAGAGAGUGCAGGGACGUUAUAGGCUCUCUUUGCCCGUUGCAUUCUAUGGCGAUGCCUUCUAUCAGAAGCACAACUCGGACCAAGUCAACACGAGUGUGGGUGUAAGACUCCAAGCUGUAACAUUUGGUAGUCCACACGAUGGGUUCUAUACGGCGACAAAUUUCGUUCGAUGGUAA